AUGAGCGCCACCGCCGUCUACGCCUCGCGUGUCAUGCGCCACCGCGCCGCCGGGGAGGACCUGGGCGCGCGCCGCGACGACGACGGCGACGGGGCCUUCUGGGCCGGCGGCGCGCCCCGCCUCUACGAUUUCUCCCAGCAGCGGGAGCAGGAGCAGAAGCCGCCGCCGUUGCCAGUGUCGCCUGCGCCCGUGCCGCCGUCGCCUGAGCCGACGUCGCCGGUGUCCGCGGCGGUGGAGUCGGUGGCGCCGUGCCUCCUCACCCUGCAGUGCAGCGGCGUCGGGUGGGGGGUCAGGAAGCGGGUCAGGUACGUCGGGAGGCACCUCGGGCGCCACGCCCUGGUGGGUCUCCCCGCCGGCGAGCGCGCCGUAGCGGCGCAGGAGGACGAGGAGAGCUCCACCAAGGCCGGGAAGAAGGAGAAGAGCCCGGAGCUGGAGCAGCAGGAGGCGGCAGAAGAAGAAGAGAACUGCAAAGACGACCACAAGGCGACAAUCACGACGGACAAAAAGAAGAGGAGGAGGAGUCGCGGCGGCCAUCGUGGCCGUGGCCGCAGUAAGCGUCCCAAGAAGGGGGAGGAGGACAAGACGCUCCAGGCUCCCAAGUCCGAGAAGCUCGAGGAAGAGGAGGAGGAGAGGCCCGCCGCGGCGAGCGGCAUGGUCGACCGGUGGAAGGCCACCCGGUACGCCACCGCGGAGGCGUCGCUGCUCGCCAUCUUGCGCGCCCACGGCGCCCGCGCCGGGAACGCCAUCCCGCGCGGCGAGCUGCGGAAGGAGGCGCGCAAGCACAUCGGCGACACGGGCCUCCUCGACCACCUCCUCAGGCACAUCGCCGACAAGCUCGCCCCGGGCAGGGCCGACCGGUUCCGGCGCCGGCACAACGCCGACGGCGGCAUGGUGUACUGGCUCGAGCCCGCUGAGCUGUUCGCCGUGCGGCGGGAGGCCGGCGUGGCCGACCCGUACUGGGUGCCUCCUCCCGGGUGGAAGCUAGGUGACCCCGUGUCGCCGGAAGCCUACGCGCUGGAGGCGAAGAAGCAGGUCGAGCAGCUCGCCGCGGAGCUCGCCGGCGUAAAAAGGCACAUGGAACAGCUCACUUCCAAUGUGAUGCAAGUGAGCAAGGGAAUGAAAUCUGAGGCAGAGAAAUCCCACAAUUCAUGGCAGGACAAGUAUACCUGUAUGGUGAAAGCCAAUAGCAAUCUGGAAAAGCAGCUUCUGUCCUUGGAGGAGAAGUAUGAGAAUGUGAGACAAGCAAAUGGUGAUCUGGAGGAGGAGCUGCUGUUCCUGAAGGAGAAGUAUGUGAGUGUGUUUGAGAACAACAUCAGACUGGAGCAGCAGAUGUCUGCUUUAUCCACUUCUUUCCUGUCUCUGAAGGAGGACCUGCUCUGGGUGAACGCUGAAGAGCAACACAUGCUGGAGAAAGAAGAUGACCUGUUUGUCAAGGAGCCAUGGGAAGAGGACAAGCAAGAAGGCGAUGCCACCACCGUGGUUGCAGCGGCAGCCAACCAGCUGGCCGUCGACGGCGAUGGCACCACCACCAGCAGCAAUGGCACCGAGGGCCGAGGCGGCAGCGGGAAGAGGACGUCGAGGAAGUGCAGCGUGCGCAUCUCCAAGCCGCAGGGGACGUUCCAGUGGCCGAGCCUGCCGUUCUCGGCGCCGCCGUCGCCGCCGCUGACCCCGACGGCCGACAUCGCCUCCGCCGGGGCCAACUCCCUGGCCAACUUCGCCACCAUGGACGAGCUGUGCGAGUUCAUGAUGGCCGGCGGCCUCCCCACGCCGCCGUCCGCCUCGUCCACCACCAACAAUGCCGGCGCCGGUAAGCUGCCCGCCCCGGCCUGCACAUCACCGGUGAAGACGGCGGCGCUCGACGCCGGUGCCGGAGGCGGCAACGUUGGCACGGAGCUGGCACUGGCCACUCCCACCUACUGACCCCAACGCUGCCGAUCUCUCUCCGGUCGAUCAGCAGCGAAGUUUUGGCUCACCAUUACCACCAUACCAUAGCAAUGACUGAUCUCGCCAACAAGAAGAAGAUAGUAGUAGCAACCAUCACAGGGUAGCAGAGAUGACAGAAGAAGAUACAAUUUACUUUCUUGGGGUAAACAAAACUACAGCUUAGACAGCAACAGCCUUAGAUUUUGCACAUGCACUUUUCUUUUGGUGUGAGAUUUUUCCAGCGAUCUCUAAUCCUAAUUUUGACAGCUAAACGCGAUCGAGUUAGUGGAACUUGUCUGAUAUUGUGAAAUGCAAACCUUUUCUGAUCUUGCGAAAUG